AUGGCAGGAAACAAGAAACAAGUUAAAAAGAACACUAAACCAAUCGUUGUUGAUAUUGAUGAUAAACCAUUAUUAGAUACUUCAAAUUUAGAUACUGCAGUUCAAACAAGUGCAUCAACUAAAAAAGACGGAAAAAAAGUUACUGCUACCACCACCACCACCACCCCAACUCCAACUCCAACUCCAACACCAACUCCAACAACUACUACCACAACAGAAAAAAAAAGUAAAGAAAUUGAAAUUGUACCAACACCAUCAAAUGUACCAGCUUCAAUUUCAGCAUCAACUUCAAAUGUUGUAAUUGCACCAGCUGUUGAAGCACAAAUCACUGAUGACUUUUCAGUUGUCCCAGAGAAAAAUAAAAAUAAAAAGAAGAUCAAUUCAACUGCAACUGAUGGUACCACUACCACCACCAAUAUACCAAAACCAACACCAGUUAGAGCACCAAUUACCAAAAAAGGUAACACUGCUCCACGUUCUCAAUUCCAUUUAUUAGCACUCGAUGAAGACGAUAUCACCUUUGAUGAAACUCACUCUCACAAAGAAGAACCAAAACAACCACAACAACAACACAGUACUAAAAAAUCAUCAUCAAAACAACAAGCAACUCAAAAUGUAUCAUCAUCAUCAUCAUCUAAAAAAUCAAAAUCAAAAGAAACUAAAAAAGUUGAACCAACUCCAACAACAACCACUCAAAGAACAACCACUACUAAAUCAACUCCAACUCCAACACCAACUCCAACUCCAGCUGCUACUAAAGUUGUUGAACAACCAAAAGAAAAAUCAUCACCAGCACCAGUUAAAAAAGAAAAAGAAAUUAAACAAAAUAAAAAAGAAUCUGAAGGAUUUUUAUUCAGUUUAAUGGAAUCUUUAAUUACUCCAGGUGUUCCAUCCGUAGUUUACAAAAUCAUUUACGUCGCCCUCAUUGGUGUUUUAUUAUUUUCAUUAGUACCAUUAUAUUACUCUGGUUUAGAUAGUAUCUACAGUUAUGGUGUCAUCGCUUUAGUUUUAGGUCUUGGUAUUUCUUUAACUUUAUUCAUCAGUGAAAUUCCAAGAUUACAAGCUUCAAAGGAACAAAAAUCAAAAUCUGGUAACAAAAAAUCAACUACUCGUAAAGUUAAAGCAUAA